UAUGAACUCCCUGGACCAGGCGGAGGAUCUCAAAGCUUUUGAAAGAAGACUUACUGAAUAUAUUGCAUGUUUGCAACCAGCUACAGGACGUUGGAGAAUGAUUCUGAUAGUGGUGUCAGUCUGCACAGCAACUGGUGCCUGGAACUGGUUAAUAGACCCAGAGACACAAAAGGUGUCAUUUUUCACAUCACUUUGGAAUCACCCAUUUUUUACAAUUAGCUGUAUUACCCUAAUAGGCUUGUUCUUUGCUGGAAUACAUAAAAGAGUGGUGGCACCAUCAAUUAUAGCAGCCCGAUGUCGAACUGUUUUGGCAGAAUAUAACAUGUCCUGUGAUGAUACUGGAAAAUUAAUUUUGAAACCUAGGCCUCAUGUUCAAUAAGGGCUGUCUUCCUUCAGUUUUUUUCCACUGCCAUGGAAACCAAAAAUGACCUUUUUAAGGUAGUGUGACAGCAAAAAAACAAACAGGACUGGUUGUCACUGCCUGGGAGUGAAAGUCUUGCACAGUUGACAGUGAAAGUGUGCAAUAUUACUUCUUGAAUAUUUAUCCAAAUUCUUUGUUAUCAUAUUAUCAGUGCUUUUGCUACUUCUGAUUAUCUCUUUUUUUCAGUAUUAGUGUCACUUUUUUUUUUACUUCAGCUAGAAGAGAACAUACAGGUGGAGCAUGUUAAUCGGUUAUGAAGUUGAACUUGAAAA